GUGCGGCGGCCGCCCAGCAGCCCGGGCGCGGGUGGGGGGGCGCCGAGUGGGGGUGGCGGCCAGCAUGCUGCUCGGCUGCGGCUCGGCCUCCCACACCCGCGGCGCCCGCGUCCUCGCCAGCAGCGCUGGCGGCCGAUCGGCAAGCGGCACCCGCGUCUGCUGCGGCGCUGGGUCCGAGCGCACGGCGCGGGGCGGCGGCGGCGGCGGGGGUCCGAGCCCGGGCGGGGACCCGGGGACCCGGCAUGGCGCUAUGGAGAGGCGGCGGGGCGCUGGGGUUGCUGCUGCUGAGCGCCGCGUGCCUCAUCCCGCCGAGCGCGCAGGUGAGGCGGUUGGCGCGCUGCCCCGCCACUUGCAGCUGUACCAAGGAGUCCAUCAUCUGCGUGGGCUCCUCUUGGGUGCCUAGGAUCGUGCCUGGCGACAUCAGCUCCCUGAGCCUAGUAAAUGGAACAUUUCUGGAAAUCAAGGACCGAAUGUUUUCCCACCUGCCCUCUCUGCAGCUGCUAUUGCUGAAUUCUAACUCAUUCACGGUGAUCCGGGACGAUGCCUUUGCUGGCCUUUUUCAUCUUGAAUACCUGUUCAUUGAAGGGAACAAAAUAGAAACCAUUUCAAGAAAUGCCUUUCGGGGCCUCCGUGACCUGACUCACCUUUCCUUGGCCAACAACCACAUAAAAGCACUUCCAAGGGACGUGUUCAGUGAUCUGGACUCCCUCAUUGAACUAGACUUAAGGGGUAAUAAAUUUGAAUGUGACUGCAAAGCCAAAUGGCUGUAUCUAUGGCUGAAGAUGACAAACUCCACCGUCUCUGAUGUGCUGUGUAUCGGUCCACCAGAAUACCAGGAGAAGAAACUCAACGAAGUGACCAGCUUUGACUAUGAGUGUACCACCACAGACUCUGCCGUACCAGUCGGUGUCAGUAGACACGUUCAACUCCAAGAACGAUGUGUACGUGGCCAUCGCUCAGCCCAGCAUGGAGAACUGCAUGGUGUUGGAGUGGGACCACAUAGAAAUGAAUUUCCGGAGUUAUGACAAUAUCACAGGCCAGUCCAUCGUGGGCUGCAAGGCCAUCCUCAUUGACGACCAGGUCUUUGUGGUGGUGGCCCAGCUCUUCGGUGGCUCUCACAUUUACAAAUACGACGAGAGCUGGACCAAGUUUGUCAAGUUCCAAGACAUAGAGGUGUCUCGGAUUUCCAAGCCCAACGACAUUGAGCUGUUCGAGAUCGACGACGAGACCUUCUUCAUCAUCGCCGACAGCUCCAAAGCGGGGCUGUCCACAGUUUACAAGUGGAACAGCAAAGGGUUUUACUCCUACCAGUCACUACAUGAGUGGUUCAGGGACACAGAUGCGGAGUUUGUUGACAUCGACGGGAAGUCUCACCUCAUCCUGUCUAGCCGCUCCCAGGUCCCCAUCAUCCUGCAGUGGAAUAAAAGUUCCAAGAAGUUUGUCCCCCAUGGUGACAUCCCCAAUAUGGAGGAUGUGCUGGCUGUGAAGAGCUUCCGGAUGCAGAACACCCUCUACCUUUCCCUCACCCGUUUCAUUGGGGACUCGCGGGUCAUGCGUUGGAACAGUAAGCAGUUUGUGGAGGUCCAGGCUCUUCCUUCCCGGGGGGCUAUGACCUUGCAACCCUUCUCCUUCAAAGAUAACCACUACCUGGCCCUGGGGAGUGACUACACGUUCUCACAGAUCUACCAGUGGGAUAAAGAGAAACAGCAGUUUAAAAAGUUUAAAGAAAUCUAUGUGCAGGCGCCUCGGUCCUUCACAGCCGUCUCCACCGACAGGAGAGAUUUCUUUUUUGCAUCCAGUUUCAAAGGGAAGACAAAGAUUUUUGAACAUAUCAUUGUUGAUUUAAGUUUGUGAAGGUGUGACUAGAAGCAUUUCAAAGAUGUGUAGUGUUAGCUCUCACAAGAGAGACAGGACCAAGAAGAAAUAAUAAUAAUAAUAAAAAAAUCAUAAAAUAAGCCAGGCUCAGAGCUCUGAAACUAAAAUUCACAAUGCACUGGGGGAAAUAGUUAGACAUUUUCAAACUUUUAGGAUUCACAUUUUAACCAGGGAUUGCAUUUUUCUUUUGGCUGAUUGCAUGAGAGGCCUAUGCUGCUGUUUACAAGCGACAUCUUAAAGCCUGUAAUAUCUGAGACAGGAGCGCAGCAUCUUUACCAUCUAGAAGGCAGUGUGCUUCUACUUUAAUUUCAAUAAAAAAGGAUAAAACAGACAAGAUGGGCCAGCCCUUCUAGUGAAAUUAAGACAAGAGACCCCCACCCAUCUAACUCCACUGACCUUUCCAUUCCUAUUAAGAUAGGAAUUAAGAAAUUAAGAAAAACUGAUAAGGCAGUCUUUCAAUUAAGAACUGGUAAAGCCAAAGUGAGCUGAAAAGAUUUGCUGAUUGUUUGUUUGAAAAUCUUAGAACACUCCACAGUGCUAUUUUGAGCCAUCCUAGUUUCCUGAAAGUCAUGGCCAGGCCAGUCUUCCAGAAUCUUCCUUAGAGUAGAACCUUGGCUCUGCCCUCAUCAGGGUCGAUCUCUGUCAUGAGUAUGCUCAUAGGUUAAUGUUUAACAUCGUUUCCUCUGCCACAGAGAAAAUAUUCUGGUGACACGUGUCUAGGCCAGCCUGGAAUGUGCCCAAGAUGAAGGGAUUUCCCUGUGUGUGUGUGUGUGUGUGUGUGUGUGUGUGUGUGUGUGUGUGGUUUAAAGGUAACCCUCGAGGUGGCUGGAGCAAUCAUGUGUGUUUGAUGUUAUCCGUUGAGCGCUCAAAUCUCUGAGCCGUUCCUUUUAGUUUGUGGGUAACUGGCAGGCAGGCCAAAGGCUGACUGGUGCUUUUCAUCUGUCCCUUAGAGGGAUGGAACAGGUGUUCCCAUCUCCUGGGCAUUGGGUAGGGUUUUUGAAGUGAGAUUUUACGGAGUCAGAGGGCACUUAACUCAGAUCUCCAUGUGCUUUGAGACCCAGAGGGGGUCCUUUGAUUGUUGCAUGUCUUUGCCCUCUGGACAACUUAAUAUUUCAAGUAAUUGAUUCAAUAGCAGUCUGCCUACCUGCCCACCUGCCUCCCUUCCUCCUGGAACAGUCCUUUGUUAAGUUGUAGGUGUGCACAGUGGCUGGCUCGUGCGGCCCUGCAGAAGUUUCUGAACAUACAAAAGUCAAAAUCACGGGAACACACCUCCCUCCUCCAGCACGCUAGCAAUAGGAGGCAGGUCGUGCGCUAGUGCUGGGGUAUCUGAUAGAGCUUCAGGCGAGACCAGCUGGAACCAGAUGAGCGUAAUCUCAUAGGCCAGGUCUGUGUGUGGGACCAGGUGGCUUAUUUCAAAAUAGGCCUCCUGUGGGGACAGCAGGGAAAUGCUUGGGGUCUGGUUGUGUAGAUGGUUGCACAGUGGAUAUUCUGUCUAAGCAGCUGCUUUAGGGGAGUGUUUUGCAGAGUCCCACUGCAGCACGAUGUCGUUUUAAUGGUCAUCCUCGCUGUAGCUAGGUAGAGGGUACCCCACAAAUGCGAAUGAGUCUGUUGUCUCCUGACUGUAAGCAGCAGGGGAUGAUUGGUACGCCAUACUGGAGAGCUAUGCAUUGAUGGUAAUCAGCACUCCUGGCUGAUGCUUCCAGCCUAGGGGGAAUCAAGGACUUUAAUGAACUCUGGCUCUAUAGUGUGGUUGCUUAGACUGCUGGUGCUAAAUGCCAAGCAAAUAGAAAGAGCGGUCUGUUUUAAUGCUCUAAGCGUAAAUGACACGUAUGCGUUCUUCGCCUUCUUUUGUCUUCUUGGUUCAUUUGGCUUGCCCAUGAGUUCCUGGCUCUCCCUAUUGGAGGCUGGAAGUGUGAUGGUUGCUUUUCCUUUCUCUGAAGAACUGGUGAGCCAUGUUCCUCCAUACAUGGGUCCUGCAGACAGGCACGUAGCACUAAUGUCAGGCAGAGAGAACACCUUUGCUUCUCACCGCUUGUAGAGGAACCCACAGGGGCAUCUCUCAGAGUGCCACCUCUACAGAGCCUGGUACCAGCUUCUCUGUGCUUCCUCACAGGGUGAAGCCAUGGCCAUUGCUUAGAGUUCAAAAAGCCAAGAUAUGUGGGGUUUGACUUGGGGGUGGGGCAGGCUGUCAGACCCGGAUGAAGCAUUUGGGGAGUGAAAAAGACCCUGGUGGGUGGUGCAGCAGGGGUAUGAGAGGACCAGCAAUCGAGUUUUCUUUUUAAGACAAGUUUAUACCAGACUGGAGUCUGCAGCCUUCUGAGUCCUGCGCUAUGGGAGGAGAUAUUUGUUCUGGCCAACUUAACGAAGGAACAUAGAUGUUCUUGGCAUAAGGUGGGAAGCUCUGCUUCAUUAAUCUUACUGCUCUCUCCCAAGAAUCCCUGAAGUUUUAAGCAGUUUCUGCAAAAUGCUUUCUUCCAGUAAAAUAACAAAACCCACCCACACAGCUAUAACAAGAGCCCAAGGCAGAGAAAUGCAUAGGACUGUCCAGCUGAGGGGGACUGGUCUCUCCUUCCCCCUCCUUCCUGCUCUCCCCCUUCCUCCCUCCCUCCCCCCUCCCUCUCUUCCUUCCUCCCUCCUCAUUUCUUCUUUCUUUCCUUCCCAACACCCAUGCACUGACAUCUGCUCAGCCCGCCCUUUGUCCGUCUCUGCAGCUGGCUUCAGAAGAUGAUCCCUCCAAUCAGUCCUGCGGCUUUAAGGCCAUAACCUAAAGCAAGGGUUAGUCCUCAGACUCUGUAGGAUCCGCAGUAGAUUUCUAUAAAGACUAAAAAUAAACCUUAGGGCUGACAAGCACUUUGUUCCUGGGCUGUGGAUAAGAUCAGCUCGCAUCCCGGAAGCUUCCUGUCAUUCCCGCCUGUGCAUCUGUGUUCUGCUCACGUGUCACAUGUAGCUCUUUGGUUUACGGAGGGCAGGUGUUAUUCUAAUUUCAUAGAGAAGGAAAUAGACACAGAACCGAAGUAGAUGGCCUGCCUGAGAUUAUCCGGUUUUAAGCAGCAAAGCUAGAACUUUCCCGUGGACGACAGGUGCUGCAUUUUCUCUUUCUAAUGCUCUGCUGUGCCCACCCAAAGUCAGACUCUGUUACCAUGACAGUGAAGACAGCAGCAGUUCUUGUAGAUUACGUACAAGCAGAAUGAAGAGCCAGGGGUGAAAGUCAUGCCUGACACACACCGUUCAAUCGUCAAUGCCAUCGAACAACUAGCAAGCACCUCAGAACUGUGGGGCAUGCCUAGCCAGGCUUGAGAAAGCCUUCCAGAAGUGGUGGAUGGCUUCAGUUGUCUAGCGAGGAUUUCUAGCCGGCAUGACUGUGUCUUCUCACAUAUAGCCAUGGAGGGAAUACUGAGGCUAGACACAUCUGGUUCUUGUCAUGGUGUCUACCAGAUACGAUGAGUUCUAGGAGAGAGAAAUUAAAAACCCCAACUCAGGAGCAAUGGUGAAUUGCUCCGGGCCAGUGUUGUGUUCUUCUCGUGGAAUGAGGCUGCAUGUUUUUAGGGGAAAAAAAAUCAAUAUGAGGUUCUACAAGCUGAGCCUCUGGGAGUGCUCACGAUGGAGAUUUCUCUGGCUUAGGGGACUCCAGGCAAACCAGAGGAAGGUCUGCAGGAAGGGCUCUGGUUUGCAUGCCCCCUAAAGGAAGCCUUGAGCCAGCUUCCCGAGUCUUCUGCAGGAGACUCGCUCCUUGUGUGACUUCACUCCUUGCUUCCUUAGGCAGGGCCAAGGGUUGUGUUCGACAGCGUGCCAGAGCAGAGUCAGCAACCUAGCAGCGGGUGCAAAGAAUAGGGUGGUUUAGACCUGGGGCGCCAUGGGAAAAGUGGGGGAGGCGUGCAGGGCAGAUGGUUUGGGAGUGGAUGCUUUGUGGGGGAAGGAGGAAUGAGCUUGAAAGAGCAAUGAUAACUUCCGUUGCCUUAGCAGAGGGUAGGAUGGCCAGGCACAUCCGUAGCAUGCCAAUCACUGAACAGCAUCCACUGUAAUGCUGAUUCAGACAACAGUGACAUCACUGGGCCACUGGGCUCUCAGCCGAGCACUCUGCUCUUUACCCUGUCUCAUUGCUUGCGCCAGCAGCCACCUCUUUCUAGCGGGGAAACUAUGCGUUCCCUAUCCAACCCCCUGACUAUCAGGAAUGUAUGAGAACUGUGAUAAACUAGUCCAAUAUGCCGUUUGGUACUGUUUUUAUGUCUUUUAAAUGCACAACUUAGGUGAAAUAAUACUUUAUACGUGUAUGGACGUGGAUUUUACAGUGGACGGACAAUGCUGGAUGUGUUUUAAAGCUGUAUCUACUUAGCUCUUUUUGGAAAAUAGAUUGGACACAUGAUAUGCCUCUUGAUUCUUCUAUAUAUUCUGUAAUCCUGUGAAUAAAAAGUAGUAAAUGCCUAA